AUGAGUUGUCCAAACUAUUAUAGUCGAGAUGUAAUUAACCCUGAAUCGUCUACCACAUCAACUUCAACGACAACAUCAACAACGUCAGAACCGAAAUUCAAGAAAUGGAAACAAGAUGGUAUCACUGUGGCUGGUGGAAAUGGACAAGGACGACAACUAAAUCAACUCAGUCGCCCUUGUGGAAUCUCUAUUGAUAAAAAGAAAAAUAUUUUCAUUGCUGAUUUUUACAAUCAUCGUAUUGUUGAAUGGAAACAAGAUGCAAAAGAAGGACAAAUCAUUGCAGGUGGAAAUGGCGAAGGAAAUCGAACGGAUCAAUUGCAUUUUCAAACAGAUGUAAUUGUUGACCAACAAAAUCAUUCAAUCAUCAUUGCUGAUACGGCGAACAGACGAGUGAUUCAAUGGUUGAAUCAAAAUCAACAAAUUCUCAUUGAACGUAUUGACUGUUAUGGCUUGGCAAUAGAUAAAUAUGGAUAUCUUUAUGUUUCUGAUUAUAGGAAGAAUGAAGUGAGACGAUGGAAAAUGGGAGAAUACAGCAAUGAAGGAAUUAUAGUAGCAGGUGGAAAUGGACAAGGAUAUCAACCCAAUCAACUCAAUGUUCCUCGUUUUAUCUUUGUUGAUGAAGACCAAUCUGUUUAUGUAUCAGAUGACUACAAUCUUCGUGUGAUGAAAUGGAGAAAAGAUGCAAAAGAAGGAAUAAUUGUGGCUGGAGGAAAUGGUCAAGGAGGAAAUCUCAACCAAUUGUCUGCUGCUGAAGGAGCAAUUGUUGAUGAUUUGGGUCAAAUCUAUGUGGUAGAUCGGGGGAAUCAUCGAGUAAUGCGUUGGUGUGAGGGAAAAGAAGAAGGUGAAGUUGUUGUUGGUGGAAAUGGUCCUGGAAAUCAAUCAAAUCAAUUAGAUUCUCCCACUGAUUUAUCCUUUGAUGAUGAAGGAAAUCUUUAUGUUGCUGAUCAAAUCAAUCAUCGAAUUCAAAAAUUUGAAAUAACUUUGUGA